AACACUGUUGGUCCCAUCUUGGUUUGAGAGUGAAGGGAGAGCGGAGCAAACGUCCAUAUUAGCGCUGCUUUGUCAGGUACUACAUUUCUUUUGUCACUGUCAUCUCUUGUAGAAAUAUGUUGGGAUUGCAUCUUGUGUUGCGUAUACUUUGUCUGCUUUCUUAAACUGUAAAUCGUGUUGUAAUCUGUAGAGUUAUUCAGCCUUACGGGUCGUGGGUGAUUCAGCUAAGCGAGCUAACUCCACUGUCGACGGACUCGCUAACGUUACAGUUUGCUAGUCCUCGGUGUUGCGCAUACAGCCGGCCCUUUUUUAUCCUUGAAAGGUCUGUGAACCUCAUUUUUUGCUGGAACAGCCAAGCAAAGGAUCUCUGCCGCCAAAUCAACUCUCAAAUCUGUAAUUACAGUUUGUCUCAAAGCUAAAGAUUCUUUGUCUUUCGUUCUUCGCCCUGCGUUUACAUGGAGUAGACCUCCGUUUAGCCUAUCGUGGCCCGCCUUUGUUGUGCAGUGAUUGGAUACUUGGUGCGUCCGUCAUACAAAGUAGGCCCGUGAUUGGUUGUCAACCGGGAUGACAACGCCAGUUUUGUUGCCUUAUAUCCCUGCCUUCAACAUGGCCUUCCUUAGCUCCUCUAGUAUCUUGGCUAACAUUAUUUAGCACAUUAAGAUGUCUGCUGGUUGUUCAUCACUAUGAAGACUGCGAGCAUGUAUUGGGGUUCAAAUACGCUAAAAGUCUCCGGGCUAAACGGUAGCUGUAACGCUAGCUCUUUCAGUCUCUUGCUGGUUCAGUCUUUGGAUAGAAAAUGGACGGCCCAGUCUUUACUGCCGUCCUUGGCUGCAGGGUAGAAAUUACAUGCGUGUAGUUAUUAACAUAUCUACCUGACACUUAUUAUUUUUUUAACGGAGGUUCCUCCAUAAAUCAGUAAGUGUAAGUAUGCAGAUCAGCCAAACAUCUUCCAAAGGAGACCACAAUAAUGAGACUAUUUUGUUUUGGACAUCAUUUUUUGGUGGGGUACAGCAUUAUGAGAGACCUUAUUUACCUAUUUCUGAAUUGUUAAAGUAAAGCUGAUUGUAGGUAUCUUCAUCUAAUGUUUUACCUCUAAAUUACACCAUUACACAUCUAUUUGCCAGCACUUUUUAUGGUGAUGGACCCUCCUGGUGGGGGAGAUGAGCGGCGGAGACAGGCAGAACGUCUUCGAAGGGAGGAGGCAUAUUAUCACUUCAUUAAUGAACUGAGUGAGGAAGAGUAUCGCUUAAUGAGAGACGGCAACCUGCUCGGCACUCCCGGUAAGAGGGCAAAUCUCUUCAGUCUCAUACACAUUGUAGAUUUACACAGUCUGUUGUCUGUGUAGGAGCGGCAUUAAUUCUUUUUCACUGCUGGUGCUCCAUGUUUCACAGGGGAGGUGACUGCUGAAGAGCUCAGGCAGCGUCUAGAUGGCGCAAAGGAGCGCAUGUCAUCUCAGCCCCGCACUGAGCAGCGUUCACAGACAGCUGAUUCCGGAGAACAGCAGGGCAGCAGUGCUGAGGGAGAGGAAAGAGGGAAUGGAGGAAGACGAGUGGCAGGUAGGAGGGAGGGAAAGGGACUUUGUUCUGAGGAUCCUUUUCUGAUCUUUGUAAGUUUGGUUUGUGAUAUAGUCUUUAGUCUCCUCAUUUACUGUUCAGAGAGGAUGGAUUGAAACGUACCACUUACUGUACAAUGUAAAGGUUUUUCAUAUAUAGCUCCUUAAGGGACACAAUGCUCCGCCCGAAGUGUGUGACGGAGAGAUAUCGCAAGUCACUCCUUCCUGCAGCUGUCAGACUACACAACAGAAACCUCAGUGUGCGAUAAAUCAUAUUUAUUUGUACACAUGUAUAUCAUAAAUAAGACUCACAUCUUUUGUAACUCAAAGUUAUCUUGUCCUUUAAUUUCUCUUUUUGUACUUGUAUUUAUGCUGCUGUAAUUUUGAAUUUCCCCCUGUGGGACUAAUGAAGGAAUAUAUUAUCUUAUGUUAUCAAAGGUAUCCAUUAGCCAAAAGCUAAAACUUUUGGUACUGUAAAGGGCUUGCUCCUUGUGGGGAUUUCACUGUACAGGAGAAGUCAAAGAAAAUAUAAAUGUUAGCUAACGUCGUUCUAAAUUAUUUUUUUCCAUAGGGGGCACAGAGCCUGGAGCAGAAACUUCAAAUGGUGAUUCAUUACUGGAGUGGCUUAACACUUUCAGACGUACGGGUAAUGCGACUCGCAGUGGACAGAGCGGAAACCAGACAUGGCGUGCUGUUAGCAGGACCAACCCCAACAGUGGAGAAUUCCGCUUCAGCCUGGAGAUCAACAUCAACCAUGAUCAGCCAGAACCAGGGGAACAUAACGACCCUGCGGACACUGCAGAGCUUCUGGUGCCUGGCCAAACCACGUCCUCACCUUCAACACGCACAGCCUCCUCUUUCUCCACUCCUCGUCCUUCGACUACACCGAGACCAGCCCCAUACCCAACCCCACGGCCAGCCCUCAAUAGGAGGAUGCAGACACGGCGCACACGCAGCAGCACUACCACUCUUUCCAUGAAUCCUCCUUCACUUCCUGUACCAGUUGCCCCUGCUGCUGCUCAGAGGAGAGGUGGGACUUUGCACUCUUUGGCAGCACCUCUUACUGUUACCAAUCCCACUCUUGAUCAAGCUACAGCGGUGCACCAUCAAGCUCAGAAUAUAGAAGUAGGGCAGGGUCAUGAUGAUACAUCUGCCUCUAUAGACUGUCCUCGUGUGUCCCCUCAGUCUGCGUCUCAGGCGGUGGAACACGAACAACGUGCUAGUAGGACUCGAUCACGUGGGCGUGCACGCAGGGCUGCAACAGGGGCUGGGGUUUCACCUCGCCUAUCAAGGCGAAGCCGUUCCCCAUUGCACAGAAUACCCCUUACCAGUACUGCUCCACCGUCAAGCAGUAGUACCAGUGGCUCUAGCAUGAACACUGUUGAGCCAGGUAGUGGCACAGGCUCCGUUUCUGUGGAAACUGGAGAGGCUAUAGCAGAACCCGCAGCUCAAACCGAGCCAGUUGCAGAGACAGGAGAACGUGAGAGUGAAUCACACGGAGUAGGAGCGGGAAGUUCAGGUGUGCGCCGGCACCCAACCAUUAUGCUGGACCUGCAGGUUAGAAGGAUUCGGCCUGGUGAAAAUCGCGAUAGGGACAGCAUUGCCAGCAGAACACGCUCUCGUGCGCGUGUUGCUGAGAAUACUGUCACAUUUGAAAGUGACAGUGGUGGAUUUAGACGCACCAUCUCCCGCUCUGAGCGAGCAGGGAUCCGCACCUACGUGAGCACUAUUCGGAUUCCACUAAGGCGCAUCAGUGAGACAGGCCUGGGGGAGCCCAACUCCACUGCCCUGCGUUCUAUCUUACGCCAGAUCAUGACUGGAUUUGGGGAGCUGAGCUCUCUAAUGGAGACUGAAGCUGACUCUGAGACUGUCGCUCCUAGCCACACAGAUGUUGAUGGAAUAAAUAGUAACACCAACCCAGCCAGUCGCCUGCAUACAAGUGAGAAUGCAGCUAGCCAGGUUGGUACCGGGGGGCCAGACCAGGAGAGGUCCCGAGGGGUGGGAAAUGAGGGGGACCAGAGUGGGCAGGCUAGACUCGGAGGUGGGAUAGUGAGCACAACUGAGGGCCGGGCCACCAGCAGAGACACCAACAACUUGGUAGAGAAUGGUACUCUACCCAUCCUGCGGCUCGCACACUUCUUCUUGCUCAAUGAUGAGGAGGAUGAUGAGCACCCCAGGGGCCUGACCAAAGAGCAGAUUGACAAUCUAUCCACUCGUACCUAUGGUCAGGCCAGCCUAGAGGGGGAGAUGGGUCGUGCAUGCAGUGUCUGUAUCAAUGAGUAUGCCCAAGGCAACAAGCUGCGCCGCCUGCCCUGCUCUCAUGAGUUUCACAUCCACUGCAUCGAUCGCUGGCUCUCUGAAAACAACACUUGCCCCAUCUGCAGGCAGCCAAUACUGGCUGUGCAUCAAGACUGACCUGUUUGCUCCAAAACACAUCUAACAUGUUCCUGGCUGGCUGAACUGAGCAGACCCAUGUGGGAUUUGCAUGUACAUAGCGCUUUCAUAGUUAAAUUUCUUUUAAAAUAUCUGUAGUGUUGAAGUUAAGGAAGACUGAACCAAAAGUGUGGAAAAAUGAAACUAUAAAUGCAGAGAAUUAACAAAACUUUAUUUUUUUAGACUCUUUGUUUUCAGCAAGUUAAUGUUUUAUUUCCUCUUCCUGAAACCUAUUUCACUGGUCUCCGUCACGAAGCCUCAAAGGCGCUUGACAAAAGAUGGCAUAAAUGCUUGAGGAGCUCCUGUAGUCGCUGCUGACUUGUCUCAUGCUUUGACGUCCGUUACCUGUGAUUUCUCUUUGUCACAACUGGACAACACACAUCCCUUGUAGACUUGAUUUACUAUGCCUAAGCUGUAAAUAACUCUUCACUGCUUGUAAUUUAGGAUUUUGAACCAAGACGCUCCUCAGAUGCAAUUUGCCUAGGAUGGAAGCAGAACACUUUCAUUUCUUUUAUUCCCUAUUUUAAAGCUUUGACAUCCAUUUAAAAGUGUCCCUUAAAAUUUGCUAUGAAAGAUUUGAUUUAUUGGGAUGUUUAUGAGCUACAUGUUUAAUUUUGGAAUCCAAGUUUUUUUCUCUACAUGUAUCACCGUUUGUUUAUCGAGCCCACAUCGUACACUUGUCAUAUAUGUUUGCAAAACAGAAUUUAUAGGUGAGACCCAUCAAUUAAAACCAGUCACUUUAAGUAAUUUACCAUAUUCGUGUCACUAUUCAGAAGAAAUGCUGAAGGCAUGUGAAAGUCAGGAAUUCAGAGUUGUAAUUUAGUCAGAGUUGUGCAAUACAGAGAGAAGAAACAGUAUUGUUUGUUUUACUGUUCAUUGUUGUUUACAUUGUAAUGCCUGAUUAUCAUCUCCACUUAAAAAACAAAGCAUUGUUUACCCUGAAAUCCACUUUGUUCUUGUCACUUUUUCUUAUCCAUACUAGCCAGACGCUCUGGGACGUGUUGCACAAAGUUGCAUUGUUUAGUUAGCCUGUUAUAUCUGCCCGGCAAAGACCUGGAACUAGGGAUGAAAUAUGUUUUCUGGUUUUGUGGGUGUCAGCCAACUCUGAGUUCUGUCAUCAGAGAGGUGCUGCAGCCAUUUCUUCUUUCAUCGAGAACCUCUCUUUUUAAUUCAGUCUGUCAGUGCUAUGGUUGCGGUGUGUUUCAGUUCCAGUACCGGUCCUGAAUGAGACAGUGUUAGUAGUAUUACAGUCCUGUUUGCGCUGUCUGGUUGUUUUUACAUAACAUGCACAGAUAUUGGUAUUUAUAGCGUAGCAUAGGUUGACCAUCGAGCUCAACCACUGUCCGUGUGUUCCCACAAGGGUCACUUAGUGCAUCAACAGCAGUGCACAGGAGCCACAUUUUUGCAGAUAACAUGUCACAAAUGCAACUGCAGGAAUAAUGCAGUAUAUGUCAGAAUGUGUGAGAUUGGACUAAACCUUUUUUUGGGGGGUUGGGGGUGUAUUUGUGUGUGCAUGUGAGAUCGCGAGGGUGCUAGAGGAAUGGCCAAGCCUCCCAGAACCUGGUCUUCAAACAGCUUGUGUUUUGCUGAUGUCCGCCUUUGACACCUGAAGAGGGUUGUGGCCACUCAGUUCAGAGGUGAAUAUUUAUUCUGUUCCUAUUUAAUAAGAUGGAAAUCAACUUUUGAAAUAUGACUAUGUAAAAUGUUACAAUGUGAUGAGUAAAUGAAACCGUUAAGAUAAAUAUGUUACUAUGUAAUAAAAUGAAGAUAUGGGUUUUCCUCUCUGCUCCUUAACAAUGGAAUAAAACGCAGCUUUGUUAUGCCUGGAA